GCUAGUUGAAAAAUUAAACACAGACUGACAGAAACGUCUGGGCUGUACAUCGCUAACAGGUUAAGUUGGUAUUUUGUUACUUAUCCCUUUCGGGAAGCACAGAACGAUGGCGAGUGACACAAGGAGAAACUACAGUGUUCUGUACACCCAUCAGAAGACUAAAAAGAGCAAGACGUGGCAGGAUGGAUUGUUAAAGAUCAGUGCUCAGGGUACAAGGGCCAUUUUGUUUGAUGAGAAAGGCUCUAAACUUGAUGCUGUAUAUGUCAAACCUCAUCAGGUUUUGGUUGGAGAAGAACUUGAAAGUGACCGAUAUUUGAUCGCAGUGGAAGAAGAGAAAGCUGUACGUGAUACUGUUUUCAGCCAUGAGGUUCCUGCAGAACAGCAACAAAAACAGAAACAACAAGAAGAAGGACAUCAACCAAUGUUUGGAAGACAGAAAAGGAUGUCCUUGAAAAGGAAAAGAAGAGGUUUCAUGGUUCCAAGACAAGCAUCCAAAAAGUUAGUAACGGAGGAUGGAAACUUGACUUCCACACUAGCCACACCACCCCCGUUCUCUGCUGUUGAACAACCAGAAAAACUUCACUCUAAGAAUUCCAUCCAGAAACCUUCCCUGUUCAGCACACCUUUCGCAGGAGCAAGGGAAUUAAAAAACUUCAAGACAAAUUUUCUCAAUGUGUAUGAAAGCAGUGUUAGCCUGUGUGAGCAGUCUUUGGACCACAGUGGGACAGUUUUUCAUGACAAUCAGACCACAGUCAGUUUCUCAAAUGGUGAUGGAUUUGGUCCACCUAUAACACCCAAAAUGGACCUCUCAAGUGCCCCUGAUACAGCUAAUGUCAGCACAACAAAUGUGUACUUGUGCCACAGUGAUGAACUUUCUGAUAACUCUCCUUUGAAGAACAAACAAUCCCAUCUUCAGUUUAGAGAGAAUAAAAGAAUGCACCCAGAUAAGUUUGAGUUUGAACAACAAAAGGAAAAUAACCUUGCUUUCAGUGAAGACUGUGAAAUCAACCAUCACUUUGCAAGCCAUUCAGAUGAACAAUCAUUGCAUGGAAAUGGGUAUAUCUCCUUGAAGGAAAAUUCUUCGAAGGUAUACGGUGACCUGAACACCAAACAGUCACCACUUGCAGCAGAAAGGCGAAGUACUUCACAGAUCCUUGCACUUCUUGGAAAAAGAUAUGCCAAAUUUAAGCCACCCAUCAAACAGCCAAAUGCUAUAUCAGAAAGGGAACUGGUUCCUGAAACCUUGUCCAGUUUAGCCACUGACAUCAAAGAUGCAGUUUCACCACACAUUCCUGUCCAAGUGACGGAACCUCUUAAAAGCUUGUAUUCACCAGAAUUUUCUAAAGACGUAGAUGUUAUGACACUGUUGGGACAGUCAGCUGCAGACUCUUCAAUGACUCCUACCUGUUCAUCAAGUAAUACACUCAAAGAUCCCACAAACAGUAUUUCUGAUUAUGGAUCACCGAGAACUUUUCACAGACAAUAUGAAACUGAGAUGGCACAAGUUGAAACUGCUUCCAUUUCAGUGGAACGACUGGAGCAUCCUGAAAGCAUGACAAAUGAACCAGGACUGGAAGACUUAACUGAUAUCCAGCGACGCAAAACAUCAGGUGAGGAAGAUAUCAAACCAGCAGAUGGGGCUGUUGACAACCCAUUUACUUCACAUACAAGAAGAAGAAAAGGCUUCCUGAAUCCAGUCAUUAAAGUUACAGGACAAACUGCUCUGUCUUCAGGGAGGAGCAGAUGUGGUGAAUUGUUCUUCCCAUCUUUUGAUGAAGUCCAAGGUGGUGUAUCUCUCCAACGUCAAGUACAAAUCCCUGCCUCUUUCUCAUCCGUUGCUCAUUACAAGCAAGUUUUUACAUCAGCUAUUAAAGAACAUCUGAAUAUCAUUCUGUUUGAGUUGAGCCAGAGAUACCAUUCAGCCAAAGAUAAAGCUGAUGUGCAUUAUCUAGACUCCUCACUGCAACAAUCUGAUGAACAGUCUGGCGACACCACUUCACCUCGAUGCGAUCAUGGCAACCCAGCCAAGAUGGUGUGUGUGAAGAAGGAUGGAGCUAAUAAGGGGAGGUUCUUUUAUGCGUGUAGUGCCCAGAGGGCCAAUCAGUGCAAGUUCUUCAUGUGGGCCGACAAGUUCAAGGGUAAUAGCUCCAAUGCUAAUUCCACGUCCGUGGGUUCAAGCAGAACCUCCUUGACAACUUCGACUGCUGCCACCAUGUACUUCAAGAGCCAUAAAGUUCAUCUUUACUAUGGUUGUGAGCUUCAGAGGAGAGCCAGCUACAAUAAUCUGAUGCCUGGUGCACCUGCAUGGAUCAGAAAACACAAACAGCAGAUGUUGGAAAACACCAAGAAGAAGCUAUACCUGAGACUGUCGAGAAAGGAGUUGUCUUCUAUGUAUGGCAAAGAGGACAUCUGGGUCAUCUCUAAGGACCUAGCCUUUGACUCAAGGUCAACAUUCCUGGCCAGGAGUGUCUACCAUGGACCAUCCUCCAACAGUGAUGUAGAGAUUGAGCCUCUUGCAGGAUAUUCCACGUCCAACUGGGCAUCAUCAUGCACUGUACAUGCUCUACUUGCUUGCAAUGCAAGUUCUGAGAUGACUUGUCUCAACAAUAUCCAGGAGUUUGUCAAUGCUGGGACAGUCCCCAUUUUACCAUACCUUCUUGGAAGCAGGUCUGAUGAGGUCUUCUCUAAUACCCAGUCCAGAAUAUCAACCUUUAGACCUCCUGCUCAAGGUUUCCGCACUAGCAGGAACCUGAACUGCUCUUCGCAGGAGAUUGAACAGAUAACAGCAGGCAUGAUUGAGAAGUACGAGUUGAACACAGACCAGGCAGAAGCUUUAAGAAAGGUGACUGCAAUGUUUCAACAAGCAAGCAAUGACAAAGCCAGCCCAAAACCUAUCACACUUAUCCACGGUGUCUUUGGUGCUGGUAAGAGCUUUCUCCUCGCUGUCACCGUCCUGCUUCUCAUCCAGCUCUUUGAGCUCAAUGAUGCUCACUAUCCAGGUAAUUCUGCUCUGCAGUUGCCAUGGAAACUCCUCAUUGCUUCUACCACCAAUGUGGCAGUGGAUAGGAUUCUGUCAGGAUUAUUGGAUCUUGGUUUUGAGGAUUUCAUUCGAGUUGGAAGUGUGAAGAAAAUUGCCAAGCCAGUGUUGCCAUACAGUGUUCACGCCUCAGAUAGUAAAGACAGUCAGGAGAUCAGAGAGCUGUAUGAGAUGCUUAAGACGGACCUGACUCCCACUGAGAAACAUCAGGUCAAGAGAAGCAUCGAGAGACAACGUCUUGGUAGAAACAGGGAUCUCCUGGGUAGUGUCAAGGUAGUUGGUGUCACCUGUGCUGCAUCAACCUUCCCUUGUAUGAACAACCUUAAGUUUCCUGUUGUCCUCCUUGAUGAGUGCAGUCAGAUGACCGAACCCUCCUCUCUCCUUCCCAUCACCAGGUUCCAGUGUGAGAAUCUUGUCUUAGUUGGUGAUCCUAAGCAACUUGAUCCAACAAUUCAAGGCUCUGAGGCUACUCACGGCUGUGGUUUAGAGCAGACACUGUUUGACAGAUUGAUUCUCUUGGGCUGUAAGCCGAUAUUGCUACGUACUCAGUACCGAUGUCAUCCCACUAUCAGUGCCAUAGCUAACAGCUUAUUCUAUGAGCAGCAACUCAUUGAUGGUGUGACAACUCGGGAUAGACUCCCACUCGCUCCCCUGCCAACACUGUGUUUUUAUAGUGUCUCCAGUGGGAAAGAAUGCGGUGCUAAUGAUGGUAGCUACUACAACGAGCAGGAGGCAUCGUUUGUUGUCUUUCUGAUUGAAACAUUGGUCCUACUUGGUGUCCAGUCAGCAGACAUAGGUGUGAUUACACUGUAUAAGGCGCAGACAGCCCAGAUUAACAUCCUACUGCAGGCAAGCAAGUUGAGCAUACGAAAAAGCUUGAAAGCUAUUCAGAUAUCUACAGUGGAUGCUUUUCAAGGAGGUGAAAAAGGAGUUAUCAUCUUGUCUUGUGUGCGGACUGACUACAUGGGAUUUGCAGAUUCAGACAAGAGAACCAAUGUAGCCCUUACCAGAUCCAAGAACCACCUGUUGAUUGUGGGUAAUCUACGCAUCCUGUCUGCCAACACCUUGUGGGGCAAAGUUAUUGAUAAGUGCAAAGAUGUUGAAAAUGGGAUCCAGUCAUCACAGCUGUUUCGGAAGCAAUGGACGCCACAAUUAGAAGAACUUUUAAAGCAAGAUCCAAGCCAUGAUCAGACUGAGGUAGAGGGUUCUCCUCAUCCUCAGAAUAGCCCCUAUUUCUCCCCUGCAUCAGAAAUGGAAGAUUCCACAGCAAAGGAGGUAGGACUUCAUUCCUCUCAUAAAAGCAGCCCAAGUCCUUUCUGUCUGUAAUGGAAGAUUCUGACAGAGAGAUGAGCUUGCAAGAAAACAAGCCAGUAUCAAGUUUUGAUAUUGGAGAUUUGGAGGAUAUAUUAGAAUAAAAUCAAAGUCAGCAGUCGAGGUUAUUUUGAAAACAGUAAUGAAUCAGGCCAGGUUUAAUCUGUCCUGUUAAAUGUUGAAAUCCAAUGCCCUCAUUGUAAAACUACUCACUCUUCACUUGUCAAACUGGCAGGGAUUUCUGUGUUACAAUAGUUUCUGUGUGUUUGCUUUCAAACUGUUAGCUUUAAUUAUCACAGUAUUUUUGCAAGCUCAUGGGAGUUUAGAAAUUGUCUGCAUGGUUUAUUGUGACGUAAGAGCUCUACUUGACAUGUCACUAGCUAGCAAGAGAGCUUUCGGGCCAAGUUUUAUUAUUUCUGUUGGUAAUGCAAAGACAGAUGACUACCGAGGCUUCGAUGUUUAGAAAAAAAUAGAGUCUACCAUGUGCUGUGUGUUGAGUAUUUUAAGUCCAAAUAUACCACAACCUCAGGUUUGUACAUGUAGUCAUUUUGCCACUGUUUUCUUUAAGAGAUGGAAAAUGUCAAAAACUUUUUUUAUUAUUUCGAUACUUUUGUUAGUUUUCCUUCAAAGCAUCAAAUUUAACUAUUUUAGCAUGCUUCCACAAGCAAAAAUCAUUUAUUUCUAAAUUACAUUUAUGAUGUUAGGGGUAGGCAUCUCCAUAACUACACUAUGCGUUAUGAAGGAAGACCAACAUUCCUGUCCCAUGUACGUGUGCAAAACAUAUUGCCCUGAUAAGCAUAAAAAUAGGUCAACUGAGAUUGACGUUUCACCAAGAAAAACAUUAAUAUCUUACAUUUACAGCAGCAAUUGCCUGAGCUUGUAAUGCAGGCUUGCAGGUAAAAUUGAACAGAAGGGCUAGAAUGAAGGAAAGUGUGAAUUUUUUAAUUUCAGGAAGAGAAUCAAAUUUGUACUAAUUGAUUUCAGCUAAUUAACAAAUGUGUUUUUUCUAGCUACUGGGACCAUGUAAAAGUUGACACUUAAAAGAAUCAUUCAGAGGUUUCUUAACUGCAUAAAGUUUUAUAUAUGUAGAAUACAUGUUGUAGUUUUUGCAAUUUAAAAUAUGGAAGAAACUUCUCUUAAUUGUGCUUAUCCUAACACCUGUUUUUUUCGUAAUCCAUGGCCGAGUUCGGGUGGCUUGUUCCCGUAUGUUCACGAACAGCUCAAUUUGUUGUUGGUGGGUCGGCUGCUUGAACGCCAGGAACAAACUACCAGUUAUCGCUGGUAGUUAGUGACAAGCAACAUGCAACAUGGCGGUGUCCAUGUAGGCAAUGUUAUUCGAGAGUUAAUG